AUGUCGCGGCAGCGCCCUGGAUCCGCCUGUGAGGAAUGUCGUCGACGGAAAGUUCGCUGCGAUCGUCGUCGUCCUCAAUGUCAGGUCUGUUUCGAAAACGGCAUCGAAUGCAAGAUCAACACCACGAGACUCCCAAGGGGUCCGAGAAAAGGACAGCUCCGGACGUUGCGGACUCGCAUCGCGGCACUUGAGCGGUGUCUUGCCGACCAACACCCAGAAAUCACCCAUCAGAUGGCUGGGCUGUUUGAUGGGUCUGUACUGGACUGCGAUGGGGAGGAUGAUCCGUUUCGAGAGAUUGGAGCUGUGCCUGAGCCCAUUGCAGAGCCAUUGGGGGAUGAAAGUCCACCAGACGCUCGACUGACAUCAUCUCCAGACCCAAAAGUCCGAAGCACUGGGCUAGUGUCUGAUCUAAUGCGAGCCGACCUGGACCAACUAUAUUUCGACCGAGUCCACUCGUUUGCACCGAUUCUUCAGCGCUGGAAGUAUCAGGUCUGGGCAAAGCAACCAAAAAAGUCAGAUGGUCAGAUAUGUCUACAAUAUGCCAUGUGGACCCUUGCUGCCUCUAUGUCUGCGCAGUUCCAAGGUAUCCGGGAUGCCUUGCAUCAAGAGACUCGCCGGAUGCUGGACAUCCUCGAUCUCCGAUGUUCGCGGAUGGAAAUGGUCACGAUCGAACAGGCACAGGCGUGGGUCUUGGUUUCUAUCUACGAAUACAUGCACGUAUCCCCUCAGCAGGGCUGGAUAAGCAUCGGGCGGUGCUGCCGCUUGGUCCUUGGUAUGCGGUUGUAUGAAUUGGAUGAUCCCAAUAGCCCGAUCACAAUGAGCCCAGACCAGGAUCAAGGCUUGGUAGACUGGACAGCAUUGGAGGAGCAACGUCGAACGUUCUGGAUGGCGUAUUCGCUGGAUCGUUUCAUCAGUUUCCACAGCAGUUUGCCUUUCACGCUGAACGAACAGCUGAUCUCGACACGCCUGCCGGCCCCGGAAGAAGAUUUUCAGGCAGGGCAGCCGGUCAUCUCGAGCUAUUUGCCCGAAGUGUUGAGCAAAGGCGUCCAUGGCCAAAGAACGAGCGUUACCUCGUCCUUCGGUGAAUGUAUAAUCCUCGCCACGAUCUGCGGACAGGCUCUCUCGCAUCGCCAAAAGGUAGCUGUGGAGCAGAUCAACGGGGAUAUCUUUGAUGGCUUUUGGAAUCGCCAUCGAUGGCUGCACGAUGUGCUGAAUCACCGCAUCCAGGUGCUAUCAACAUCAGCCCAGGUAGACCCGAUGCUCAUAUUUGCGCGCAUUGUGGCCCAAACGCUAGUCCUGUUUUUGCACAAUGUCCUGGAGUCGAUUACAUGGAAGACGGGAGACCAUCUCUUAGGGAUUAUCGAGUAUGAACGGUUAUGUAUCCUGGCCGCACACGAAGUGCUCAGCUUGCUCAAGCUGCAAGCACAGCUGGGUUACUUCAAGGUACUAGCAGACGAGCCGAUUAUAAUGGUCAUACAUCUGACGUUUAUAGGUGCAUCCGUUAACAUCAAUACCGUUGAUGAUGUGUGUGGAAUUCUUCACGGCUCAUGCAUACCUGGAUUCAGCAUUUGA